GGAAUGUGCAUUCACUAAACGGCUUUAUUCCACACUCGCCCUCCCGCUCUUCGCGAACCUGAAUGCCAGGCACAGGCAGCCCGGCUCCCGCGUCGGGCUCGAGAACCGCAGAGGACAAGGAGUACUUCUACUCAGUCCUCAACCUCCCAAAGACCGCGUCCGACCACGAGAUCAGGGAACGCUAUCGCCAGCUCUCGAUCGUCUUCCACCCAGACAAGCAGACCGACGAGCGUCGGAAGGAGGCCGCCACCGAACGCUUCCUCGAGCUCCAGAAGGCGUACGAAGUUCUUUCAGACCCGGUGACCCGUCGCGCCUACGACGCCUUAGGUCCGGAAGGCCUACUGCUCCUCCAGUCCGCGGACUUCAAACAUGCUCCAGGGAUAGAAUUCGAGGAGGAAUUACGGCGGCAGCAGCGCGAGCUUGCGCGCCAGCGCGUCGAACAGGCAAUACACCCGAAGGGAACCGUCACCCUCGGGUUCGACGUCUCGUCCCUCUUCGACGACGAAUACGAGACCGAGGAUGGCUCCCCGCUCUCCCGAGGGCAAAAUCUCCGCGCCGCACUCAAUGAUGUACGACGAGACAGCAUGAGCGUGAGACACCGUGUUCAGACGGAGAUCAGCAAGAAGACAUGGCUGGUGCUUUCCAGCCGUCUCACAAUGAGCAACAGAUUGAACCCAAGACAGCGACCGUAUUACGGGUCCGCGCUGACGGGCACAGUGAAGCAUCAAUAUUCCCCUCGCUUAGCUUUCGAGGCAACCACCAAUCUGCUCGCGAUUUCAGGCGUCUCCGUGAAGAGCUCCUACCAAGCAGAGGCGUACACUCUCACGUGCCAGACCGUUUUGCACCCCCUUCUCUUCCUGCAGCCUUUCACGUACGAGAAGGGGAACACCCUCCUUCUGCCACCCGUCAACUUGUCGCUUGCGCGGCAACUGUUCCCGAAGUCGCCCAUGCAGGGCGUGCUCGACGUUGGGUUCACACCGACCGGGCCCAGAAUUACUGCGGCCGUGUCUUCUUCUGCGUUCCACGACAGCUUGCCCGCCGGAGAGGUGCCCCCGGAGGACCCUUCGGGCGCAUUUGCCUUCCGUGCCCCGUCCGUGUCUGGACUCGCAUACUACACCAGUGAGUGGCAGUUCGGGUUCGAUCUCGCCGGCCCUGCGACCGGCCUGAACGGGCGGUACGGCCUCUCCUUCCUCGAGCUCGGGGUGCACCUCCAAGCCGUGCUGCGCUUCGGGCUCGCCGGCCUCUCCUGGCUGUUCGGCGGCGAGUGGCGGGGCGACAAUGCGGCCGUGGGGGCGAACGUCAGCGCUAACGUCGACGGCGUCACCCUGCGCGUGGAUGCGACGUAUUUCGGGCAGACGCUCACGCUCCCGGUCGUCCUCUCGCGCGAGCACAACAACGCGCUCGCGUUCUGGACGGCGGUCUUCCCGUCGACGGCCUUGAGCCUGAUAUACUACUUCAGGAUACGGCCGCGCCGCCGGGCGCAGCGGACACAGUUCUUCGACGACGCCCGCCGGCAGUUGCGGGAGGAGAAAUCCGAUCUGGUCCGCCAGUGGAAGGAGACGGUUUCGCUUCUGCAGGACACCGCGCAGCGACAUAUGCGGGCGGAGGAGGCAUGUGACGGGCUCGUCGUUCUAGAAGCCCGCUACGGCCCAUCAGAGCAGGACGGGGGCAGCGAAGGCCUGGAGGUGGACGUCACCGUCCCCGUGCAGGCAUUGGUCAACGCGAGCCAGCUGUACAUCCCCGGGAUAAGAAGCAAGGCUGGCAUCCCAGGUUUCUUCGACCCCGUCGCGGGCGUGCCCAAGACGCUGCGGAUCCGGUACAGGUUCCGCGGGCGCGCGCACUACGCAGAAAUACCCGACUAUAUGCCGGUCGUGUUGCCCCUGAAAGAUCACUGCGUCGAAUGAGGGCGCGGUCGCUCUGGCGGCUCGCGCAUGCCACCCCCGGCGCGGCUUCUGCGAUCAGUCGUCCAUCAUGGGGACCCACAUCCCUCGCGGUGGGCCUUCGCGCUCGCCCGGGCACGCUGCGCUGCGCCGCUCGCAGCGGGGACGCCCACCCCUGCGCUGCACACUUCCUACCGUAGUCAUUCAGUCGUCAGUCUCGCGAGCACUCAAUAGAAGCGCCACACACCGGCACGUUUCGCC